AGAUAUCGGAAAUUUCCACAAGAAGGGGCAGUCAACGUCCAAAGUCUCACUGACAUAUCCUGGUCAUUUCUGAGAAGAUUAAACUUGUUGUUGGUGUUAUCAAGCACCAAUAAGCAGGAAAUCUUCAGUCUUCACAAGAAUAAAUACUCCAACAUUCAUAGCAUUUAACCAAGUUCCUGAAAAGAAAAAUGAGAAUCACUACUUUCGAAAUCCCUUUCCUUCGGUUUUUGUUCCUAGCAACUAUGAUUAAUGCUGGCCUCUGUCAAGGAAACUUCAGCAGCGCUGGCUGCAUUCAGAGUGAAAGAGAGGCUCUUUUGACGUUCAAGAAUGAUCUGACUGAUACUUCAAACCGGCUUGCCUCCUGGCCUGGUGAUGGAGACUGUUGUAGGUGGUCUGGAAUUACCUGUGACAACAGGCCAUGUCCUUGAGCUCCAUCUUGCAAGUCUUUCUCAAGAUGAAUAUUAUUCCCCCAAUAACACUGUUGAUUAUUACGACUAUUUGUUUGGCGGUAAUAUCAAUCCUUCUUUGCUCAACUUGAAGCAUCUGAGGUUCUUGGACCUAAGCAACAACAGUUUUCGAAUUCGCAUCUCCGAGUUUCUUGGCAAUAUGGUGAGUUUAAGAUUCCUUAACCUUGGUUUAUCUGGUUUUUUCGGCACCGUUCCUCCUCAGAUUGGAAAUCUCUCAUAUUUAUACUUUCUUGAUCUUCAUAAUAUUGGACUGUCCGCUGAACAUCUCCAUUGGCUUUCUAAUCUUUCUUCACUAGAAUUUUUGGACUUAAGUUAUGUGUUUAUUGAAGCUUCUGAUUGGCUAACGGUGACGAACUCUCUCCCUUCCCUGGUAGAAUUACAUUACCUUUGUCUCCUCUUUAUCUUACUCCUCCAUCUCUUAAUGCUACCUUUCCAUCCCUUUCCGUCCUUUAUUUGUCAAACAAUCGAUUUGGACAUCGGGUCCUAGAGCUUAUUCAAACAUGACUUCACUUAGAGAACUCGAUCUAUCUGGUAAUGAUUUAAAUUCUUCUAUACCCAGUUGGUUAUAUGGUUUUAGCAGUCUUGAGUUCCUCAACCUUGCUCACAAUAAUUUGCAAGGUAAAAUCUCAAGUGCCUUUGGGAACAUGACUUCUCUCAUUGGCCUUAAAUUGUCCUAUAAUGAACUAAAUGGAGGUAUUCCAGCAUCGUUCUGCAAUUUAAGGUCACUUGACUUGGAAAAGAUUAAACUAGGGCAAGAGAUAAAUGAUAUUUUUAAGAUUUUACUUCCAUGUGUAUCAAAUAGGCUAGAGGAGCUACUUUUAUCUGAUUGCCAAUUAUCUGGUCAUUUGCCCAAUCAUCUUGGUCAAUUUAAAAAUUUAACCUAUCUUUCUCUAUCAGGUAAUUCCAUUUCUGGUCCAAUUCCUCUCUCUAUAGGAGAUCUGAAAUUCAUGAAACUCCUGGACCUUUCUCAGAACAACUUGAAUAAAACUCUCCCUCUAAGUUUUGGAGAACUUGCAGAGUUAGAAACAGUAGAUCAUUCUUAUAACUCAUAGGGUGAUGUUUCCGAAAGUCACUUUGCAAGACUCACAAAAUUGUGGAAAUUUGAUGCUUCUGGGAAUCAACUGAGGUUGAGAGUUGAUCCUAAUUGGAGUCCACCACCUUAUCUGUACUAUUUGGAUUUGGGGUCGUGGAAUCUCGGUCCUGAAUUUCCCUACUGAAUCCAUUCAUUAAAGUUUUUAUAUCAUUUGAAUUUGUCAAACUCAGGAAUUGCAAGUACUAUUCCUUUUUGGUUCUGGAACUUUUCUUCUAAUUUGAGUUACUUAAAUAUCUCUCACAAUCAAAUUCAUGGAGUAAUUCCACAAGAACAAGUCCGGGAAUACUCUGGCGAAUUGAUUGACUUGAGUUCAAAUCGUUUCCAGGGUCCAUUGCCAUACAUCUACUCCAACGCGAGAGCAUUGUAUCUUUCCAAUAAUUCAUUUUCAGGACCUAUAUCCAAGUUCUUAUGUCACAAGAUGAACGAGCUAAGAUUCUUAGAAGUUCUUGAUCUUGGGGACAAUCAUUUAUCAGGAGAGUUGCCAGAUUGUUGGAUGAGUUGGGAUGGACUGGUGGUCAUAAAUUUAAGCAAUAACAAUUUGAGUGGAACUAUUCCCAGGUCUAUUGGAGGUUUAAGCCGUCUUGAAUCGUUGCAUCUUCGCAAUAAUAGUCUCACUGGCGAAAUUCCACCGUCUCUCAGAAAUUGCACAGGAUUGUCCACUCUUGACCUUGGUCAAAAUCAACUGGUAGGAAAUAUUCCAGUUAUUCUCAGUCUUCGCUCAAACAAGUUUCAGGGCGACGUACCUAAGAAGCUUUGUCUGAUGAGUUCUUUAUACAUUCUGGAUCUUGCUGAUAACAAUCUCUCUGGUACUAUACCAAAAUGUCUCAACAACUUCAGUGCAAUGGUUAGCAGGGAUGAUUCCAUAGGUAUGCUUCUAGAGGGAGAUGCUUCUUCAUGGCCAUUUUAUGAAAGCAUGUUCCUUGUCAUGAAAGGGAAGAUGGAUGGAUAUAGCAGCAUUCUCAAAUUCGUAAGGAGUAUAGAUCUCUCAAAAAAUAAAUUGUCUGGAGAGAUUCCAGAGGAAACAAUAAGCUUAAAAGGGUUGCAAUCUUUGAACUUGUCGCAUAAUUUAUUGACUGGCAGAAUUCCUACAGAUAUAGGUGAUAUGGAAUCACUGGAAUCUUUGGAUUUCUCUCAAAAUCAACUUUUUGGUGAAAUCCCUCGGAGCAUGGCCAAGUUGACAUUUCUUAGUUUUUUGAACUUAUCCUUCAACAACUUGACCGGAAGAAUCCCUACCGGCACUCAACUACAAAGCUUUAGUUCAUUCAGCUUCAAGGGCAACAAAGAACUUUGUGGACCACCAGUCACAAUGAAUUGCAGUGGAGACAGUGAACUACCAGGCACUAUAGAUGGAAGAGGAGAUGAUCAAAAUGGUCAAGAAGUGAAUUGGUUCUAUGUGAGCGUGGCACUUGGAUUUGUGGUUGGCUUCUGGGGUGCAUUCGGUCCUUUAGUUUUGAACAGACGAUGGAGGCAAGUAUACUUUCGAUUCCUGGACAGUUUGUGGGACAAAAGUUGGUGGCGUUUAAUGUGAAUCUUGCAUAUAUAUCUAGCCACCUUCUCAGGUUACAAAUAGCAUACUUUUCCAUAUAUAAAGAUGUAAUUACGUGUCCAUUCUGCCAUUAAUUAAGCAGGCUAGCUGUAAGCUUUAGCUUAUUAUUUGCAAAGAUGGCAUGGCUACUUGAACUUUUGUAAGAGAGAAAAGAAAAGAAGAAGAAUGUCAACAAUGAUAUACAGUAACACA